ACUGCACUUUGUCUGCUGCUUGGCAACUCUUGUAAUCAUGAGCGCUACUGAAGCUGAAACACAAGUCGCGACCACGACGACCGCUACGAAAAAGGUCAAGAAACUGAAACCCGCUCGCAAGCAGGUCAAACCCGGAGAAGUAGAGAAGAAGGAGGCGCCGCAGACGGGAAAGGAGUACAACAUCUGGUAUAACAAAUGGGCCGGUGGAGACCGCGAGGACAGCUACUCGAAUAAGGUCAAAUCUCAGACGAGGUGCAACAUCAAGAAGGACGCCGGACUCACGCGCGCGAACACGACCGGGAACAAGUACUGCUGUCUGUUCUUCGCGCGUGGCUGCUGCCCGUACGGCUGGGAAUGCGAAUACCUCCACAUGCUCCCUGAUGAGUCAACCGCCCUCCCCGAUACGUCCAAGGACUGCUUUGCGCGCGACAAGUUCGCGGACUACCGAGACGACAUGGGCGGUGUCGGCAGCUUCCAGCGACAAAACCGGACGCUCUACAUCGGCCGGAUCAAGGAGACAGGCACGGGGCCGGAAACAGAAGAGGUCGUACGGCGGCACUUUAAGGAGUGGGGCAAGAUCGAAAAGAUACGCGUCUUGCAAUACCGCAGUGUUGCGUUCGUAACAUAUGAGUCGGAAUUCCACGCGCAGUUCGCAAAGGAGUCUAUGGCGUGUCAGUCCCUGGAUAACGACGAGAUCCUGAACGUCCGUUGGGCGACGGAGGACCCCAACCCUACGUCCAAGGUUGCGGAGAAAAGGCGGUUGGAGGACAUGGGAAGGGAAGCCAUUCAGGCGAAGAUGGACCCUCGAAUUGUCGACGCUGUACGCGCUGUUCGUGCGCUAGAGGACGGCACAGAGCAAGACGACGAGAUGGAAGAAGACGGUCGGGAAACCAAGCGCCAGAGACUCAUUGAGGACUCCUCUCGGUCACCGUCGCCUCAAGAGUACUCACCGCCGCCACCACAAGAGCAGCCCCAACCCAGCUCGGGCAUUCUCAGUGCUGAUGCGCUAGAAGGCCUGAAGUACUUCGCCGAGAUCAGGAAGAAGAACGGGCUGGGUGCUGCCGCCCCGCCGCCGCGGGCUGCCGCCGCACCAGCGCCGACAGGUCUUGGUCUAGGGGACUAUGCUAGUGAUGACGAGUGAUGCUGUAACAUUUAUGUAUAUGUAGCAAUGGACAC